UUGUUUCAUGUUCUAUCCUUAAUAUAAAUAAUUAUGGCUAACUAACUUGGGAAUGGGCAAAUGGAUUAAGGGGCUAUUCAUAUCCGCUGAUCUUUGCAAGCAUAUACAAAGCUUUACAGCUUCUGGGGAAGGAUGAUGUUCAGCUGCUGAUAUGGGUCCCUAGACUUGCACAGGCAGUGCUGGCAGCAUUUGCUGAUGUCAAGCUUUACUUCUUAGUGCAACACCUUGAAAAUACAGAAACGGCAAAGUGCGUGUACUUUUGCCAGCUGUGUUCCUGGUUUACAUGGUAUUGCUGUACCAGAACUCUAACAAACACCAUGGAAACUCUUCUUACCAUUUUUGCUCUUUCCUACUAUCCGAUAAAAGGUUCCAAGAUGGGGAGCAGUUGCAAAUAUUUGGCUUUAGUAGCACUUGCAAUUGUUAUUCGUCCCACUGCUCUCAUCCCAUGGAUACCUUUGGUCUUCAGUCAUUUUUUGCAAGAACAGAGGAAAUCAGACCUUGUCCUGUACAACUACAUUCCUGUUGGAUUGGUCACAGUAGGAACCUCUUUAAUAAUUGACCGUGUGUUUUUUGGUGAGUGGGUACUGGUUCAGCUGAACUUCUUGAAAUUCAAUGUGCUGCAGAAUUUGGGAACGUUUUACGGAUCUCAUCCUUGGCACUGGUACUUCACUCAGGGACUACCAGUGAUCUUGGGUACCCAUCUGCCUUUCUUUGUUCAUGGAUGUGUGCUAGCACCUAAAAAGUAUCACAUCUUUCUGAUGGCAGUGAUUUGGACAGUGUUGGCAUACAGCAUGCUGAGCCAUAAAGAAUUCAGGUUCAUCUAUCCAGUAUUGCCAUUUUGCAUGGUUUUUUGUGGAUGUUCUUUGAAACACCUGAAAGCAUGGAAGAAAUCUGCAGCAAGUUUCCUGCUUUUAUCAAACUUAUUCCCAGCCCUGUAUACAGGCUUGAUUCACCAGCGAGGUUCUCUUGAUGUUAUGAGUCACAUACAGCAACUCUGUAAUAACUCUUACCAGUCACACCCGUUUGUCUUCAUCAUGAUGCCGUGCCACUCUACUCCAUUGUACAGUCAUGUUCACUGUCCUCUAAAAAUGAGAUUCCUUCAGUGUCCCCCAGACCUAACAGGAAAUGUGAGCUAUGCUGAUGAAGCAGAUGUGUUUUACUCUAAUCCACUUGGCUGGCUUAAUAAGGAGUUUUACAAUGAUACAUUAUUACCCAGUCACUUGAUCUUCUUCAGUGUGCUAGAACAGGAAAUAUCACCAUUUCUAGCUUUAAGGGGCUAUGAGAAAACAGGCAGCAUCUUUCACACUCAUGUACCUCAAGGGCGAGUUGGAAGCUACAUCUACAUCUACAGGAAAAAAGUGAAAUGAAUCCUAUCUGAAGAUAAGUUUCUAGACUUAAGACCUAAUGAGAUCACUUUUGCAUAGCAGUACUAUGCUUAGAAGAUCUUGUACUGCAGAAAGGAGAGUAGUGAGUCUGAAACUGGGUAAGUCAAACGGAGGAG